CCCGAGCGAGCGGCGGCCGCAGCACCCCGGUCUUGCUAUUGCAGCGCGACUUCCCCAGCCGCCUGGCAUGAGCCACGGGAAGAGAACCACCGACAUGCUCCCGGAGAUCGCCGCCGCCGUCGGCUUCCUUUCCAGUCUCCUGAGGACGCGGGGCUGCGUGAGCGAGCAAAGGCUCAAGGUGUUCAGCAGGGCGCUCCAGGACGCACUGACCGAUCAUUACAAACACCACUGGUUUCCAGAGAAACCAUCCAAAGGCUCUGGCUAUCGCUGUAUCCGCAUCAACCACAAGAUGGACCCCAUUAUUAGCAAGGUGGCCAGCCAGAUUGGACUCAGCCAGCCCCAGCUCCAUCGGCUGUUGCCCAGCGAGCUGACCCUGUGGGUUGAUCCCUAUGAAGUGUCCUACCGCAUCGGGGAGGACGGUUCCAUCUGUGUCCUGUAUGAGGAGGCUCCAGUGGCUGCUUCCUAUGGACUCCUCACUUGCAAGAACCAAAUGAUGCUGGGCAGAAGCAGCCCCUCGAAGAACUACGUGAUGGCUGUCUCCAGCUGAAUAGGAGACAUCCUACCCGGGCACUCUACUGUUCUCAUACUGCCGUGACAACAGACCACCGUAUACCUCAACCUGGGGAACUGUAUUUUUAAAUGAAGAGCUAUUUAUACCUUAUUUUUUUUUUUUUAAGAAAAGAGAAAAAAACCAAAAGUUUUUUUUUUUUUUUUAAAGAAAGAAAAAAAUCUUAAAGGGAGCUGCUUGGAAGUGGCCUCCCCAGGUGCCUUUGGAAAAAGCUGUUAUUGAAUUUGUGAGCCAGUGUUUGCCUAGGGGAGUGGUUUGGGGAUUGGCCUAGCCAAGGUAGAGGGGGAUUCUUGGCUGAUCCCCCAGGAGUUGGUGAAAGGGAGGAUGGUGAAAGGGAUGAAGUAAGGUUAGCAACUGUGAAUGGGAGGAGUGAGGAUCUUCCCUGGGUUAGCUUCCCAGCUGGGAUGCCUGCAUGCCUGGUUCCUCUCUUACUCAGGGGCAUUCAAGCCUGGUCUUAAAUAAUACUACAUUGCCUAAUCUUCUGUUUUUCUGCUGAGACCCUGGGUAGAGUGGAAGACUCUCCUCUUCCUUCUGUUCUAAGCAGGUUCUCUUGAAGUCGCAUCUCGUUCCUGAGUCUGCCCUCGGGGGCCUGGAAAGGUUGUUUCCCAGCCCAGAAUCUGUGUGAAUAUAUUUGGAGAGUGGGGUGUAAGGCGGGUGAGCAAGGACGCUGGGUGCAGAUGGAAGGCACCGCACAAACCCUUUGCUGUGCUGCACUGCUUUGUAUGGGUGGAUGGCGAAUAAUUGAGGGGUGAUUUGCAAUGGAAUCUUGGGACCCAAAGAGGGGUGGUUCCCCCCUCCCCACUUUUUUUCCCCUAAACCCUCUUUUGGGGAACCACGUGAAAGUUCAAAUGCUGCUACCAUUCCUUUGAGAGGUGGCUCAGAGCUCCAGGGGACCCCAGGUCCUUUCUUACUGCCUUCUCUUCAAGACCCCCAUCUCCCUCUCCCCACUUUCAUGUGGCUGGGGCCUGGAGGCCCUGUUUCCUAGGGCAGGAGUUCUCAGUCGCCACUGUGCAAUAGUCCCAGGAAACUCUUUAAGACUGGGCCUCCCAGCCCCUCCUGGCGCCCUGGUGGGUUCUGGCUGGCUGGUGGGCCUUGCAGAGGUCUUCCUGGGCUGCAGAGAGCGUGCCUGCCUGCACACCGCAGGACUGGGUGGUAUUGUGUCGGGCUGCCACUAAGAGCCACACUUUGGGCACAGCUUUAUCUCCUUGGUACUCAGAGCAGCUGUGGGGGAGGUCUUCUCUCUCACUAAAAUCCAAAUUUGUCUGUAGAUGUGUGCAAUAUAUACUGUUAUGGGCUGGAGGAAAUUGGAUAACACUGGGAGGAAAUGGCUCUCCUUCAGGUUCAGUGACACUGCUGAGGGUCAUCAGAAGACCCGAGUCUCUCAACCUGAAGGAUGGAUAAACCUAGAGUCAGCCUAUCACUCUCUCCUUAAUGAGGAAUCCUCUCCCUGUUUCUCUCCAUGGCCAUGGCAUCCCGUUUCCUGGAUUUCCUGACUCCUCAGUUUCCACUCAAAGGUGCUAUUUUCCAAACAGUGCGCAGCUUGCUUGGGCGCUCCCAGCUUCGCUCAGCCUUCCCAGGCGGCUUCACCUCUCUCGUUUUAAAGUUAUCUCUGGGCUCACAGACCCAAGAGCUGUGGGUUGAAACAAAGCUGUGAAUUACUACAGAUGGUUCUCCUGUGUUGUCCGCAAACAGGUCCCUGCCUCUUUAGAAGCAGCCUCCUGGUCUCAUGCUGAGAUCUGUUCCUGCUCUCUUGUUGAUGUUCACUUUAAAAAUGACAAACCCCCCCAGAGCAGGACUGUUGAGCAGGCCUGUCUCUAUUAUUAAGUAAAAAAUAAGUAAUAGUGAUACGUUUGUAAGCUAUUCUGACAGAAAAGACAAAGGUUACUAAUUGUAUAAUAGUGUUUUUAUAUGGAAGACUGUAAAGCUUAUGAACAUAUGUACACUUUUGUUUUUAAUAAAAAUGUAGCAGAUCA